AUGGCAAAGAGUGGUGAAGCAUUUUUCAGGAAUGUGUUGGAGAGCAUUCAGGAAGUGUACUUGAAAAGGAACCCUACUGCAAAGGCUGUAUUGGACCUUGUUCAGUCUAUUGACAACCACAAAUUGGCCUACGAUCAUAUUGCAUUCAGGACAUUUGGGGUGAAUGGCUAUGGAAUUGAGUCCUUGGCUGGUUUUUUCCUGGAUAACGGCUAUACACAACGAGAUGAGUUGAAGUUUCCAGGAAAGAAACUGAGAGCCUUUUGGUACGCACCUCCUGCUGAUUCAUUUUCCGGAAGUGGAAGUGGUAUUAGGGGGCCGCUGCCAAGAGUUUUUAUAUCAGAGCUAUUGGUGGAUCAGUUGAGUCCACAAACUCAGGAAAUCAUUAAAACAUAUACUGAAUCAGCUGGAAAUGGAAACAAGUAUGGAGCUCUCGCAAGUUCCUUGGGACAUUUAACAUGGGAGAAACCCUUGUACUCCGAGUUUCAACAAUUGGCAAGCGAAAGUGAGUAUGCUGCGUGGACACUAGUCAAUGGACAUGCACUUAACCAUGUUACUAUUUCAGCUCAUCGGCUGAAAACUCAUUUGAAGGAUAUCAACAAACUGAAUGAGUUUCUUGAGAAGAGUGGAUUCAAAUUGAAUUCUGAAGGAGGAGUAUUGAAAGUGAGUCCUGAUGGCCUUCUCCAGCAAAGUUCAACCGUGGCAGAUUCAGUUUCUUUCCUAUUUGCUGAUGGUGUAACUGAAUCAGUUCCAUGCUCGUACAUUGAAUUUGCCGAGCGUCUGGUGCUGCCAGAGUAUGAAAAUUUACCUCUCGAAGAGGUUAAGGAGUUUCAUCGGAGGGAGGGUUUUGAGGCAUCAAGUGCUGAUAAGAUCUUCGAAAGCACAUCCAAAGAACAACUGAGCCGAGUUUCCUCCUAG